GUUGCUUCGAUGCAGUUCGGGUCUUCGAUCGGGAAACAAUCAUGACGCCUCUGGUUUUCUUGGCAGUGCUGGGAGUGUGCUCGGCUGGUCCCUUCACGGGAUACACCCCCGAAGUGCAGGCUGAGAGAGCACGCUUCUUCCAGAGCUUCAGUGCUGCUCAGGCUGCCGCCGCUCCCCAGCAGGCCUACUACCACCAUGCUGCCGCCCCUCAGCAGGCUCUGUACCACCACGCCGCCCCGUGCAGCCCAAGUGGACUGGCCCCGUGGCUGCCACCGUCCCCGCCGGCGUCGACGGCACCAUCACCCCCGUCAGCGACACCCACGAGGUGGCUGCCGCCCGCAACGCCUUCAACAGCGCCUACCAGGCACAGCUGAGGGCCACCGUGGGUGCCGUCCCUGCCGUCCACUCUCACGCCCCCCCGCCCACCACCACGCC